GAAAAAGCCAACCUUUGCGAUUCUUAUAGUGGUUUCUCCCACAAUAAAGAUGGCGACGCCCUUGUAGUGUUUUGGACGGAAGUUGUACUUUCCCGAAGUUUUCUCUUCCUUCGCUCAAAACUAGAGCGUCUUCACACAUCAGCGGGCCGAAAAGCAGUAGGUUACUUUCUUGACUACAGCAUCAGAAGAUGGCAGAUAUUCCACCUUGGCUGGAGGAUAUCCUGAAAUGGGCUGCGACGAACCCCUGGGAGUUCAUCUACUACGUCCUGCUGUGCCUCUCCCCGUUCUUCUUCAUCAGUGCCCUGUUGUCAUGGAAACUGGCUCAGCAGAUCGACGCCCGCGACAAGGAAAAGAAGAGGAAGGCCAAGAAGGAAGCCAACAUCGCCAGGGCACGGGGGCGGGCGAAACAGGACUGACGCUAGUGACAGUAGUUUGUAGUGUUACAUUUGGGCUGUAACCGGUGAUGGGCAUCAACUGUGUUUUACUCAUCCUGGUUAGUUUAUACAUGUACCUGCUUCAAUAGUUCAGAACUAGUGUGGCAAGCAGGCUUUCUGUAUGUGUCAUCUUUUUUGGAAAGAAGUUUUACACAUUCUCAGUGCUCGGCAUUUAAAAAGAGAACCAGCACUAUGGCCCAGUUUUUCUUCUCGCCAAUUUUAGUUCCACAUCUUGGUGCUAUUCUUUAUCCUUUUAGACAAUAGAUCUGCAUUAUUUGUGGGCUAGACAGCAGUCAUCAGGUUUAGUAGUUUGAACAUUUGUGAAAAUUUUCGUCUUGAUGUACAUGAUUUUUCAUGAUUAAUCCAACAAUUGAGAUGAUGUUUUCAUGUAACUGCCAAUGUCAUGAUACCCUAUGUUCAGCAACUAAUAGCAUGACUAUGGAUGUAUCAAUAAUAAGGGUCAUUUUGAUUUUGAUUACAACACCUCAGGGUCCAAACAACUUCAUUUGGACUUAUUCUACAGUGAAUGUACUUUCAUUUCGUGUGUGGAGUAUGGUGUUUUUGCAUGUGACAAUGAAGACAUUUUCAGUGUACGUUAACAUUGAUAGAAUCAGACUGUAAACUGUUGUGAUCUCUAGUCUAGAACAGCAAACUGAUCAAAGCAUAUGAAAUGCUGAAAUUUAUGUUCCAUCAGGGCUAAUGAUCACUUGGAACACCAUGUCAUUCCAUUCUUCUCAGCCAUCUCAGAGACUCUCUUAGUCCCACUUUGUUGUUCAAUACAUUUGUAUUCACAGAAAGUUGUUACUAGUGAUUAAGAAUUGCCAAUGUGUAUCUCAGCAACUCUAUUUACUUGAAACAGUGGACUCUGAUGCUUGUACCAGUACUACUACUAGCACUUGAGACUAAUGUUAUCAAGCUGAUCAGAAUGAUUAUGGGUGGAUGUCGUCAACAUAAAAAUUGAAACAACUCCUUUGCCCCAGUGUGUAUAUUUCUGAAUAAAGAUUGCUGUUUUGAAUUGUA